AUGAAGUCAGUCUAGGUUUGCUAGCUUUCCUGUUGCUGGAAAGCAGUCUGCUGCAAUAGCUGUGAGCUGACCACUAUCCCCAUCGCCAUGGAGAAGGAGGAAUGCAGCUUCUGCAUAAGCGUCAACACCACCUGGUGUGCGGGCCAUUGCUUUCCUCAGGACCUGGUGUACAAGGACCCAGCCCGGCCCAACAUCCAGAAAACAUGCACCUUCAAGGAGCUGGUGUACGAGACAGUGAAAGUGCCUGGCUGUGCUCACCACGCAGACUCCCUGAACACGUACCCGGUGGCCACUGCCUGUCACUGUGGCAAAUGUAAUAGCGACAGCACUGACUGCACCGUGCGAGGUCUGGGGCCCAGCUACUGCUCCUUCGGUGACAUGAAGGAAUAAAGAGCGCUGACGCUGUGGGCUGCCU